AGCGCCAUUUUGGAAACCAGGAAGGAUUUGUGGAAGAAAACACGAGCAUUUUCGCUUAAAAUAUACAGAAUUUUAUCGCAAAUAUGCCGGAAGAUUCAAYUAACAAGCAAAAGGAAGAUAAGGAGAAUGAUUAUCCAAGAAUGACAAAAGAAUCACUGAAGAAAAUUUGUAAGGAAAAGAAGUUGUACUCUACUCCUCGUCUGAACGAUGUCUUGUACCUUCACUUUAGAGGUUUUGUGAAAAUUGAAAAUCUAGAAGAGUACACAGGGCUAAAAUGUCUGUGGCUAGAGAGUAAUGGUAUUGAUAAGAUUGAAAAUCUGGACCACCUAACCGAACUACGAAGUUUGUAUCUACAGCAAAAUGUAAUUAAGAAAUUAGAGAACCUUGAAAAAUUGCAAGUCUUGGACACAUUAAAUGUUAGUAAUAACAUUAUAACAAAGAUUGAAAAUAUUGGCGUUCUUCCUAAACUCAACACUCUGCAAAUAGCACACAACAAGUUAACUACUGCAGAGGACAUCAAAGAGCUUGUUCACUGCCAGAAUUUGAGUGUYGUUGACCUUUCCUAUAACAAGAUUGAUGACCCUGAUGUCAUUGAUGUGUUUGCAGAAAUGCCUAACUUGCAUGUGCUCAAUUUGAUUGGAAACCCAGUAAUAAAGAAGAUCAAGAAUUACAGAAAAAACAUGAUCCUGAAAAUAAAGAAUCUCAGGUAUCUAGACGACCGACCUGUGUUUCCACGGGAACGAGCAUGCGCAGAAGCAUGGGCUGAAGGCGGAGUUGAAGCUGAACGGUUAGAGAGAGAGAGAUGGAUAAAUAAAGAACACCAGAAAAUCAUGGACAGUGUAAAUAAUUUAUCAAGAAUACGCGAAGAAGCUGAAAGAAGAAAACUAGAAAAGCAAGGUGAUGCUAAACAAGACGAUGAGAAUGAGAGCCUAUCGGACGUUUCUAACAGUGACACUGAAGAUAACUCGGACAAUAAAGAUAACGAACCUUUCGAGCCAUCCACAUCCCACAUGGAUAAUCCUAUCAGUUCAUCAGAUGAGAAGCCUGAUGCGCAUACUCCAUUUCAGGCGGCUAGACAUCAGGAUGAGGAAAUGGAGACUAUUACCAUUGGAUCAAGAAACAGCAGCUCUAGUAUAUUUAGUGGUGGCUCAAGCCGUCAGGGACAAUCACAUGCUUCUUUGAUUACUGAUAUGCUAAGAGAUGUUAACGARCCAACUAGUGAUACACCAUCAGAUAGAGUCCUGAUCACUGAGAUCAAUGACGAUAUAGAGACGAUUCACUUAAGUGAAAACAAACAAACAAGACAGGCACCCAUGGCAGCAAGGGACCUUGACAAUGAGGAUCUCCCAACUCUCGAGGAUGUAGACGUUAAUGAUCCAUUGUUUAUUGAAUCGUUUAAUGCCAACACAACAAAGAAGCCUUUAAUAGAAGAAAUCGAUGAACCAUUGUUACCAAAUAGAAGGCSUUUGAUACAAGAGAUAGACGACAGUGAACCUAUCAAAAUAGCCACGCAUCACGAUAACAGAACCUGCGUGAAUGAUGAAAAGAAUGCUUGUACUUGGGACGAUUUGCAAMAACUUGCUGAAUCCGUUGGCUCAACGAUAGAUCGGGAGCCAAUCAGCAUUGAAAAGGAAAAAAGAGCCUUUCAAAAGAAAAUGAAUGCUUUAGAUUGAAGCAAUCAGGAAGAUAGGUUUCUACCCAAAUUUGAAAGGGAAGAAGUUUGCAAAUUUUACUGCCCCCGGUGCCAUCUUUGAUAUUCUUGCAAGUCGAUCAGGAUUUGACAGAACGUCAUAGAGGGCAGUGGGGUUCUGCUUGUUAGUGACUCUAUGUAUCAUGUAUGAUCGCUAACCUCAGCAAAUAAUGAGUGCUCUCGGUGCCAUCUUUGAUAUUCUUGCAAGUCGAUCAGGAUUUGACAGAACGUCAUAGAGGGCAGUGGGGUUCUGCUUGUUAGUGACUCUAUGUAUCAUGUAUGAUCGCUAACCUCAGCGAAUAAUGAGUGCUYUCGGUGSCAUCUUUGAUAUUCUUGCAAGUCGAUCAGGAUUUGAUAGAACUUMAUWGAGGGCAGUGGGGUUCUGCUUGUUAAUGACUCUGUGUCAUUCCAACUGACAAAGCUCAGAAAUAAGUAUAUAGACUACAAUCUCGCUCCGUUUGCAAAMGCCGAACGAGAGUUAAUUAGACCCUCUUAACAUUUACCUUAUCCCCCUCCCUCCACCCCGCCUUUUAAUUGUCAARAACAUUUAUAGCUCAUUCAUAGUGCUUAUUUCUCCUGCAUACAUUUAAUCGCCUUUUCUAGGUCAAUCAGGAUAUAAAUUCGAUAUAUUUUCAAGAAAUGCAUUGAUGAUUAUCAUGAAAGACACACGAACUCGUUUUCUUGAUUAUUUUAUUUUAUUGUUAUUAUUUUAAGCCUAUACUUCGCAAAUCAUAACGACAUCCAACGAAUUUCAGUCUCAACAUAUSAUUGACCCUUUGUCAAACUUGGUUGAAUGUAUUGAAGACCAAGGAUGUCUUGGAUCUCACCUCAGAGCCAACCGACCAGAAAAACCGGUUUAUGAUCAGCUCGUCAUACACCUAUAUUGGAGACUAAAUAUUCGCUAGAUGUGGCGUUAUAAGUUACGCGCUUACAAUAGGUUAACGUUUCCAUGUGUUUUUUUACCAAUAAUAGUGUCUCUAUUUAAUUUCGUAACGAUGAUGAUGAUGGUGCUGUAUUCUAUUGGUUUAAAUUACUCUCCAGCUUUCUGAUUGGAUAAGCMAUAAGUAUUUGUUUAGCCAAUCAGACAGCUAUUUUCUUUUUGAUUUCAGACUGUCAAAAUGUCUAUCGUUACUUUCUUUUYUUACUUCAAUCAACAUUGCGGCUUUUUAUUGUUUCUUAGGAAUGACUGCGAACGAAGAAUGGACCACUUCGACGAUACGAGGGCCAUCUUGGAUCGAAAAAGAUUAUAGGGCGUUCAGGGGAAAAUAAAGCUUUGUUAUAGUAAUGAGGGUAAUGACGCCGAUUGAUAUUAACAGCUCACCACAAGAGAACUCAACAAAGAUGAAUCAACAUGGCACAUCGAUCACCUUCCCAAAGACAAACACACAAAACUCUAUAUUUUCUGUCAUCUUUGUUUCGUUUUACCCCCUGGCAAGAUGGCUACCCUAUCGUCAAAGUAGUCCAUUCUGUGAUGAACGAGCAAUGUUUUUUCACGAAUGCAGCAAAAUUAACAUAAUAUCUAAUAGAGGGUUGAACAUCAAGGCCAUGUUGGCGCAUCCCUUCAUCAAUAGAUGUURCGUUAAAUUAGUACCAGUAUUGUUGACUUUGGGGUCGAUUUUCACCGGUCAUUGCCUGUCUACAAAGAAACAUUAGGCUUUGUACAUCAGCCUCCAGCUCCAUAGGCGUUGUAGGUGACGAGUAGCGACGGAACGGCUGACCUCGAUGAUCGAUCAAAAUUUUCUCAAAAUUCCAGCUAAUGUCGUUGUUACGAAUUGGUGACCAGAAAAUGAGAGAGGUGUCAUCCGUUAUGAAGUUAUCUGGAGCGGGACAUCGAUUCUGUUUGAAAAAGAAAAUAAWGAAAUCAUAUCAAAAA